UACCGAAAACACCAACGACAUGUGCAGUACUCUCAUUUCUUUAGAGAUUAGCCAGGUUAUUUUUAACUUUCGGAUCACAGUGAUAAACUCUCAGUGUACUGGUCAGAUGAAGGUGUUGGUCACAGGCGGCUCUGGAUUGGUGGGGAGAGCCAUACGUCACGUUAUAGAAGAAGAAGAGGGAGCCAAAAAAGGAGAAGAAUGGAUAUUUCUGUCCUCCAAAGAUGCAAACCUGAUGAACAAAGAGGAAACACAGGCUGUUUUUGAAAAACAUCGGCCCACCCAUGUCAUCCAUCUGGCUGCUAUGGUGGGAGGUCUUUUCAAGAACAUGAAGCACAACUUGGACUUCUGGAGGAACAACGUCUACAUCAACGAUAAUGUGCUGCAGGCGGCACAUGAGGUCGGGACUGUUAAGGUUGUUUCCUGUCUAUCCACCUGCAUUUUCCCCGAUAAAACAACAUAUCCUAUCGACGAGACCAUGAUCCAUAACGGCCCUCCUCAUGAGUCCAACUUUGGUUAUGCCUAUGCUAAAAGGAUGAUUGAUGUUCACAACAGGGCCUAUUACCAGCAACACGGCCGAUGCUACACAGCUGUGAUUCCCACAAAUGUGUUUGGUCCUCAUGACAACUUCAGCAUCGAGGACGGCCACGUCCUGCCAGGGCUCAUACAUAAGGCAUACAUCGCUCAAAAGGAGGGGAAGCCCCUGGUGGUCUGGGGUUCAGGCUCUCCUAGAAGACAGUUCAUCUACUCUUUGGACUUGGCUCGUCUUUUCCUCUGGGUCCUGAGGGAGUAUCCAGAGGUCGACCCAAUCAUUCUCUCUGUUGGGGAAGAAGAUGAGGUCUCCAUAAAAGAAGCCGCAGAGGCAGUUGUUGAGUCGUUGAGCUUUAAAGGAGAAGUAGUGUAUGACACCAGUAAAGCAGAUGGUCAGUUUAAGAAGACUGCCAGUAAUGCAAAACUACGUCAGUACCUGCCAGACUUCAAAUUCACACCCUUCAGACAAGCUUUAAAAGAAACAUGCGAUUGGUUUGUUGCCAAUUAUGACACCGUCCGGAAGUAAGAUGACCCCUGAACCUGUUGGCAUCAAAGCUGUACAUUGAAUGACCAUUUCUGUUAAAAAAAACAACAUAAAAACAAAAAAAAAGAAAACUGGUGGGGUCAACAGUGGAGUGUUACAGGAUACUAUUGUGUGCAGAAAGUAGUGAGCCAAUAGUUAUGUCUGAUAAUCAUUGAAAAGCUUUGUAGUUUCAAGUUAGACUCCAGGACCAAACUGUAACAUGACGUUUUAGAUGCUUCCUUCCCGUUUUUUUUUUAGUUGAUUUCAGUUGCAGCUUUUUUUUUUUUGAAAUAUGUCAUUUUCAUCUUUUUGUUUUCAAAUGUGUUUUGAGUUUGUAUUUUACAAGUUAUAUCCCUUUUCUUAUUCAAAGAAAUACAGUAAAGCAUGAAAAAAAGAAAAAUCAUGAAAGUUCCCUAAACAUUGAUGGAGCACAUAUCAAAGGCCAUAACUGCUUGUGAUAAAAUUAAAUUCUGGUAGAUUUUAGGAAGACUUUCCAAUUUCUGUUCUGGUUCUGAAGAGCAUUUUGCUGACAUUCACAGGCACCAGAACAAUAAAUAAUAUCAAGCCAAGCUGUGGUUGUGUAAAAUGUAAUAGUAGUGAAUGGAAACAGCUGAAAGUUUCACUUUUAUAAACAUAAGUCAGGGUUUUACUUUCAGGGGUGGGACUUUACAAACAUUGUAGCUGUCAUCGUUACUCAAGAGCCUUAUUCACACUUUUUCACAAUCCUUGCAAAGGAUUCUUUUUGGUUCAGGAAAUGUAUACUCUUCUCUUGGCUUCAAUGAAGGUCAGCCACUUCUGCUGCAUAGGUUCUUUGAGAAAAAUCAAGAUUACUCACUUUGCUCCAAGUUCCAGAUGAAAUGUCAACCAUAUAAAAAAGAAGCAUUCCACUUUACAAUCAGGAGCUCUUUGUAAAAGUUUUUUUUUUUU